GAAUAAACAUUUUAAUAACUGUUUUUUAACCCGCUGCUCUAUGAACUACGUUUCCCGACGUGCAAGGCGGCAUCGCGUCGUCAGUGUGCGUCGGCGAUUGUUUUGAACCGUUGGAAGAUGCUGCGUGGAGGUUAACAAUCCAUUCAAAAUGUUUAUGCCAAGAGCCUUGAAAGUGAAGAGACCUGUCCAGGCCUCGAGUCAAGUUUUAAAUAAGAAGAGCAAAACAGAUCCGGAGGAGAGAAAAGAUGACGGGAAGGAGGAAGCAGGCGAAGACAAAGACAAAACACAAGAUGAGACAAUACAAGCAGAUGGACACUCUGCAGGUUUAACAGAGAGCUCAGUGAGUGAAGAUGGACACAAGUCUGCCUCAAGUGAUAUGGAUGAUGAUGGUGAUGGUGAUGAGGAAGAUGAGGAGGAGGAGGAACCUGUCAAAUCAUUCAAAAAGAGCCAGAGAUGGCCAGAGCCAGGAGAGCCUGUCUGUGUGAUGUGCGGCCGCUAUGGGGAGUACAUUUGCGACAGCACUGACAAUGAUGUUUGCAGCCUUGAGUGUAAAGCCAAACAUUUAGCUGAUAUGGGUAUGGGGACUGGGGCGGAUGUGUUUAACUGUAAGGACGAGCAUGGAGAUAAAAGGACCCAACCUCAACACCCUGCAGCUGCUGCCGGAGGAGCUGGUGAAAGCGUGGCAGGCUAUUCCUACAGGGAAGAUCGGUUCAUAUCAAGCCUAACAGAGGAGCAGGUCCAGCGGAUUAAACAGGAGCUGGGCAUUGAAACCCAAGGGAGCGAUGUCAGGAGACCCAUCAUUGAGUUUGAACACUGUGGCUUCCCUGCCACGCUGAGUGGCAACCUGAAAAAGGCCGGCUAUGAAGCGCCAACACCGGUCCAGAUGCAGAUGGUGCCUGUAGGUCUCACCGGCAGGGAUGUGAUUGCCAGUGCUGACACAGGCUCAGGGAAGACUGUAGCCUUCCUGCUGCCAGUGGUAGUGAGGGCACUAGAGAAGCCAACACACAGUGCAAGUAGCCCUGUGGCUCUCAUCCUGACCCCCACCAGGGAGCUGGCUAUUCAGAUAGAGAGACAGGCUAAGGAGCUGGUGAUGGGCCUCCCCAACAUGAGAACCGCACUGCUGGUGGGCGGCAUGCCGCUUCCCCCACAACUCCACCGCCUCAAAAGCAGCAUCAAAAUCAUCAUAGCUACCCCUGGGCGACUCCUAGAGAUCUUGAAGCAGAAGGCAGUGCAGCUGGACAAAGUGAAGGUUGUGGUGGUUGAUGAGGUUGACACCAUGUUGAAGAUGGGCUUCCAGCAGCAGGUGCUGGAGGUUUUGGAACAAGUAACCGAAGAACGCCAGACUCUGCUGGCAUCGGCCACCAUCCCAACUGGAACGGAGGAGCUGGCUGCCCGAUUGGUUCGCGACCCUGUCCGUAUUGCAAUUGGAGAAAAGAACCAGCCCUGUGCCAAUAUCAGGCAGAUCCUGCUAUGGGUAGAGGAACCAUCGAAGAAGAAGAAGCUUUUUGAGAUUCUCAAUGACAGUAAGCUGUACCAGCCUCCAGUGGUGGUGUUCGUAGACUGUAAACUGGGGGCUGAUCUGCUGUGUGAGGCGGUCGCCAAGGUGACAGGCCUCAAUACUGUAGCAAUCCACUCUGACAAGAGCCAGUGGGAACGCAACCGCAUCCUCAGGGGUCUUCUGGAUGGAGACUUUGAAGUGGUGAUUAGUACAGGUGUGCUCGGCAGAGGACUCGACCUCGUCAACGUCAGAUUGGUGGUUAACUUUGACAUGCCAAACACAAUGGAUGAGUAUGUCCAUCAGGUGGGCAGGGCGGGUCGGCUGGGACACAGAGGAACAGCUAUCACCUUUCUCAACAACAACAACAAGCGGCUGUUUCUGGAGGUGGUGAACAGAGUCAAACCCACCGGGUCCAUCCUGCCCCCUCAGCUCCUCAACUCACCCCACCUCCAUGAGCAGCAGAGGAAGGAAAAACAGAGAGUCAAACAGAAGCUCGAUGAUGUGCUGGUCACUAAGAACAAUCUAUUAGACAUCAUAAGGAAACACGACCGUCGCAAAAAGUAGCAGGUUCUUCUGAACGUGCCUGCGUUGCUGUCUUUUUAUUGAGGAAAUGCUAAAUGUUUCUAUAUUGUUUUAUUUAAUCAUGCAAUUUUGAUGUAUUCUGAAUAAAUUUCUUAUCAUUAA